AUGCUUCAGUUCCACAAUAUGGCAUCAUGGGUGCCACCGUUUACGAAUCUGAUCGAUGCCGAAAAAAAUAAAUCCGGGAACUCGCCACCAUUUACCGCAUUUCAACUUGCUACCAUCGGAAAUGAUGGAUAUCCGAGGACUAGAACUUUGAUAUUCCGAGGGUUCUUGUUCAAUGACCGCAAUACAAACGUGCUUAUCGCCACCACCGAUAAACGUAUGAGCAAGUAUUCGGAAUUGCUUCACAAUGACCGAUUCGAAGCGGUAUUCUAUUUUGCUGGCAUCAAAAGACAAUUCCGGUUCAGGGGUCAUGCAAAGAUCAUUGAUGAUGAUCAUAUUCCGGCCUGUGAUGCACCAAAGAUCGAUGAUAAUGAACCAGAUAGUCGCAUGUUGCCAUAUACGGUAUUGUCACCAUCUGCGGUACGGUCACAGCGUCCCGAUUCGUCAUACACCAACUUGAAUGAACUCAACGUGGUCGACUUGCAGCCUCCAACUCGCCAAGAAUGGAAUCAGGAGGUGCGGCGCCAAUGGGAUGCAUUAUCACCGGCAUUGCGGUCAACGUUCCGUAAACCACCCCCGGGUUCGGAAAUUACAGAUGAAAACCGGAGGGUUAUUGAUUCGAUUCGCCGAGGGGUUGAUGGUAAAAAGGAGGAUUCCGGAUUGAAGAAUUUUGCCGUUAUUGCCAUGUUUGUCGACAAAGUGGAUGUGGUGGAACUCGACAGAGACCGGCGAUACGUAUGCGAAAGGGAGGACGGAAUGUGGGUAGAGACCGAAAUUUGUCCAUAA